UGAAGCGGGGCAAGACGGCCCUUGACCAAUGGAAGUAACCACCCUCGUGCCGCCGAAUCCCAGCCUUCUCCCAACUGAACACAACUUCACCUCAUCUCUUCUCUUCGAUACACACUUCGAUGCUUGUCAACAACCCGCUCUGACAUCAUGGAGGCACUCCUCGCAAUCGGUCUCACAGGGAACGUCGUCCAGUUCGUGCAGUUUACUGGAAAGCUCAUCUCCGAGUCCAACGAGAUCAGAAAGAGCGGAAGCCCGUCGUCGCUGCCCGAACUGAAAACUCUGUCCCACAACCUCAUAACACAGACCAGCAUUAUUACGACUCGUCUCAAAGCAUGCAGCGCGACUCUGGCACCAGAGGAGCAGUAUCUUCUCGACAUUGCAGCCGAUUGCGAAGAAGCGGGCUCUAGAUUCGUCGCCUACCUGGAUACCGUGGUUCGCAAGACAGCAUCCUCCAAUGUCUUCCAGAACCUCCAAGCCAGUCUCAAAUUCCACUGGGUUCACCACAAGAUCGAGGACUUCAUUGGCAGCCUAGAGCGACUACGCAGCGCAUUAACCCUGGCUACAGUGCUGGCCCUGCGAACAAGCUCAACCAGUAACAAUGAGGAAAUAUUGGCGCACCUCAGAGAGAUACAGGCGGACGAGCGUACCUCAACUCAGGAGAAUUCCCAGCUAGCAAACUCAAUCCGCUUACUGUCAGAAUCUAUCCAAGAACAGGCUCACCAACACACCGAAGCACUCAAAAAGUAUAUUCAGGAGUGCAUAGCGGACAUUGCCCGAGAACGAAGACAUAUUCUUCAGAAUCGGGAACGGGACAUCCUCCGGUGGCUGAAUUUCCGCCAAAUGCCCUGGAGACACGACGAUAUCCAUCACGCAUAUCGACAAACCUUCAAGUGGAUUUUCAAAGAACCACCACUGGAGAAUGGUUGGGAUAACUUCAGGGCACACCUCUCCACGCCAGACAGGACCGCGCCAUAUUUCAUUGUGGGAAAAGCUGGCAGCGGCAAAUCCACUCUGAUGAAGUUUGUUUGUGGCCAUCCGGACACUAAACAGGCUUUGAAGGAGUGGGCAGAUGGAGAAGAAGUCACCAUGCUGAGCUUCUACUUCUGGAACCUCGGGACGACUUUACAGAAGAGUGACACAGGCAUGCUACGAGUGUUGCUGUGCGACCUUCUAGAGCGCCAUCCAGAGCUUAUCCCUGUUGCUUUACCGCGCCUAUUCCAACAUUGGGUGCCCUCCGAUGAGACUAUCGAGCCGACGCGAUCCGAACUGGUCCGAGCACUCCACGCCCUCCUUGAAAAAUCCACCUCUUUUCUCAAGCUCUGCAUCUUUGUUGACGGGAUUGAUGAGGUCGAGGGAGAUCACAAAGGAGUGUCUCAGUUCCUGCUCUCGUUGGUUCGUCCGAAUGUCAAGGUCGUUGUGUCAAGCCGACCAAUCAAUGCUUGUCUGUAUACUUUCCAGGGUUGUCCCUCCUUGAGAUUGCAGGACUUGACAGGCCCGGAUAUGGAAUUAUUCGUCCAAGGAGAGCUUUGCUCGCACCCGAUGAUGGUUGGACUGGCUCGGCAAUUCCCAAGGGAAGCUGAGAGUCUGAUCCAUGCUGUUAGGACUAAGGCGGAAGGGGUGUUCCUUUGGGUUGAGCUCGUUGUGAAGCUUCUUGUGCACGGCCUUGAAGAUGGAGAUGGCAUAACCGAGCUUCAGCAGAAGCUUAAAGCCUUGCCCUCGGAUCUGAGAGCUCUCUAUCGACGGAUGAUCGGAAGGCAACAACCAGAACACCAGAUACAAGCGGCACAGAUGUUUCAAGUCUUCUGCGCCUGGAACGCACUCACAACUCACGAACCCCUUAGCGCUCUCACGCUAUCAUUCGCCAUCCAAAGUUCUUCCGACGUAUUCAAUCUACCAAUCCGUCCCCUUGAAACCGAGGCGCUGAUCUGGCUCUUUGCGAAUAUCGAUGCUCGCGUCCGGAGCCGUUGCUGUGGCUUAUUGGAAGUGAACCGAAAAUGGCCAAGGUUGACGAGCGAGAUGAACCCGUCAGUCUUCUACUGUCGCUCUAAAGAGGAGAUGCAAGGCUCUGUGGUCUCGUACCUGCAUCGAACCGUCGCCGAGUUCUUAGCAAGCGCAGACGUGUGGGAUGAUAUCUGCGCAAUGACGAAAAAGUUAGGCUUUGAGCCUACACUCAGUCUUGCGUCCGCGUAUCUUGCUAUGGUAAAGACAGCCACCAAAUUUUUCAACCCAUCUUUGCUAUCGCAUCUCCUGUUAGCCGCUAAGUUUUGCAGAAAUGCUCCACAUAUCAAUACGACAAUCUUACGCUGCUAUCUCUCCUGUAUCGACAGGACAAUGGAGAGACACUGGUACAAGACUUCUGGGGGCAAAGGAAAUAGCCCAGUAGACCAAUACACCCACUGGUCAUCGCGACUCUUCGCCGUCGGAUGUCUUGGAAACAUGAAUGUCCGCGCUCAUAUUCAACGCCUCGCGAAUAUCGACACGUUUGCGGCACGAAAUGCUCUCGUACUACACCUAAAAGCUAUUCGCAACCAGGUAACCUACGACUCUCGAUGCGCAGUUGUGCUUAAUGCGCUGGAAAGCUGGCGGGAAUUCGGCUCGCCCUACGAGACAGCUGCACCGCUCCAGGAUCGUUCACCAUUUGAUGCAGCCGUGCCUCUCCACGAGCGCUCAGAAACCUUGUCAUAUUUGCUCCGCAACUUUGCAGGCCCUGGUGAUGAGAUUCUGGGGAUCGCGAUUUGGGAAUAUGCCAUUGCUAUCGCGAAGGCUCUUCGACCGGCGGAUGCGGCUGAACUUCUCAGAGUACUCUUAUCAGCCGCACCAGUCAUUGCGGAUCGACCAGAUUGUCGUAGCUUGAUUGAUGAACUAAGAAAAUAUGACAUCGAAGAGGUGGUUGCCUUGACUAGAAUACUCGAAAAUGACGAAAGGUCAUCGCCAGCUGCUAGUUAUUCUUUGCACGACGCGCGUCCUCGACCCCGCGAUGGUCUGGGCUUUGCUUCUGCAACAGGUCCCGCUCGAAACAGAGACCUAUGGACAAGUAUCCCAACUGCGCAGCCGAUGGCUACACGGAACUGCGCUAGGAUUUUUGUGUGUAGCCAAUCGGUAGCGCAUUUUGAACCUCUACCCCCACCUCCGCCACCUGCAAGCUUCGGUGCCGGCCAAUUGCAGCCGCGAAUGGAACCGACCCGUCCGAACGCCUUUCAGAUGGCAUUGGGCGAUUUACAACAGAUCUUCCCAUACGGAAUUCCCUCGGUUUCGCGCGCUCCCAGCGCCUGGACAUAUAGUGGGACAUCCAGUUCCAAUCCACCUAGCGCGGCCUGGCGAGAAUGGACACGAAACUUCCACUCAGCAGGCGCAUGAAUUCGGGAUCUAGAGCAUCCAUUCAUUGGAAUGACAGGUCUGAAGAACUUGGGACAAGGGAACGAUGUGGGAAUGGAUAUACUGGCAGGCUUCACCCAUAUGAUUGCUGCGCAUGGAUUCGCCGAAGUCAUCUCCGCCGGCAUAAGCUUCACUUUUGGAGACUUUAAAACCGCACUAGGAUCGCAUCCGAUUUUCACCUAGGAAGAGUCCGAGGGCAGGGAGCGGAGGCUGUAUACGCGAUGGCUUCUGGGAGUAUCCACGAAAAGGUGAACCUAUCGCUCUAAGUUCAUGCGAUGAACUGCCUUCCAACUUG